UUUCUUUACAACUGUUCAAGUUGAUCUGAAUUGCUAAGAUUUAUUCUCUUUUAUUUGUGUCUUUUGUUAAAACCACUUGUUAUCUACCUCUUUUCCCCCAUGCUUGUUUUUUGUUUUUUUGCUUAUUAAGUACACUGUUUCACAAGUGGUACUGCCCUGAACAAGCAAACAAGAUCCUCGUGCAUGUUAGGAUGAGGAAGUAGUCUGUUGAAUUUAUUGCUGUUACAACAAGCUCUCUUUUGAAAACCAUAGCCGGUGAGAGAAUUUAUUCUGCCCAUGAUAACAUAAUUAUUGUGCUUUUUGCAGUUCCUAAUGCGAGUGAAAGAGGGGAUCAGGAUAUCUAGCAAGACUAUCAAACAAAAGGGAAAGGUUAACGAGAAGCAGUUUUACCAACGGCAACUUGCUUUAUACAAGGAAUUCAUUGUCUCUCACAGAGAUCAGACAUGGGUUUUCAGUUCCGCGAAAUGGCCUACUCUUCAGCAAAUUAUACUAGCCAGUGUAAUCUCAGGAUUAAUCAACAACAAGGCAUCUACGACAAUGGAAGCCCGUUACCAAAUAUUUAUCGAGAGAGAGUUCUUUAUCUCCACCUCCAUGGAUAUUGUCAAAGACAAAUUUCAGGCACAGCACGGGUUAGUAUUGGCUAUGUCAUUAAAGUUGUUCAAAACUAUGAGGACAACAACAUGUGUCUUCCUCCGAUGCGAAAAUUAGCGACUCAUAAUGUUGUUACACAAGACAUUGCCGAUUACAUUGAAUCCGAGAAAUUAUUAUUUCUUUUGGUAUUUUUUUUAUUUAACAUUCUUUAAUUCCUUACAUAAUUUCAUUAAUUUACAAUAUUGUGAUUAAAAAAAUAAUAAAAUAGUUAAAUGGAUAUUUACAUUAUUAUUGUUGCUUCUUGUUCAGGGGAAAUUAAAUAGAAUAAAGAAGAUACAAAUUUGUGGGAGAACAUUUUUUGUAUCUACUGUAGUUAUUCACACUUCUUACUAUUCAAAUACAUACACUACGAACAAUUAUGAUAAUUUCUUGCAUAGUUAAUCAGAUUAUAACAUAUAUUGUGGUGAGUAGGCUGGGAUGAAUAUUGAGAUUAUUUUUUAAUAUUAUUUGAGGAGAUAAAAAAUGAUGCAAAUUUGCUGGAGAGGGCAUUUUCUCAUGUUUUCAAGAGUUUUUCUAUUUUGUAUUUUAAUAAGAGGUUGUUUACAAAUAUUCUAAGAAUUAUUGGUUUGUCUUGUAAUUUGCAACUAUAAAUAUAGUACCUCAUGAAAAGCAUCAUGUAGUUAAAUUUCUUUACUAGCUCUUUAUUAUGCGGACCCUUGUCUAGGCCAAAAAGUUUUUCUUCAAUGGAUGGGUUGAACUUUGAAUUAUUUCUUGCGUUGAACCAUUUGAUAACCUCAGUAUCGAAGGAAAUUACAAACCGACAAUCUUUGAAUGAAUGGUCAACGGAAUCUUUUUCUCCACAGUAUAAGCAGUCGUCAUCUGGUUUGAUGCCAAAACAGCAUAGCUCUUUUUUAGUAACUAUAAUGCGGUGAAUCAGCUUAAACUGAA